UAACGAAAAAGAAGAAGAAAGAGAUUAAACGUUUAUAAAAAAUAAAGGCUGAUUGGUAUUAAAAUUUAGAGGAAUAAAUACAAAUAAAAGCCUUUCAUUGGAAUCCAUAAAAUAGCUUAGCAUAAUGACAACAGCAGCUCGUCCAACAUUUGAUCCUGCACGCGGUGGCACUGGCCGAGGCGAAAAAGAUUUGAGCGCACUUUCCAAGCAAUAUUCCAGCAGAGAUUUACCAGGGCACACAAAACUCAAAUACAGAGAAACAGGACAAGGUACUACUGAUGAGUUGCGCAGUCGUGAUUUCCGUAAAGAGUUGGAGGAUCGUGAACGCGAAGCUCGUCCCAACAAAACACUACCAUCAAUUGUACGGAAAGCAAUUGAAGCCAAUAAUUCAGCUGGUAGUAAUGUAGGUGUUGCAAAACGUGCUCGUCUGGAACAACCAACUGCGCCUGUAAAUCUAGAUGCUGACGAUCCUAUAGACAAAGACAGCUCCGAAGAGGAUUCAGAUUCGGAGGAAGAGGACGACACCGCUGCAUUAUUAGCAGAAUUGAAUAAAAUAAAACAGGAACGCUUGCAAGAAGAGUCACGAAAAGAUCAAGAAAAGAAACAGGAAGAAGAACGUAUACGCAUGGAAAACAUUUUAUCCGGGAAUCCACUAAUUAAUUAUGCUCCGGGUAGUGGUGCGACUGCUAGUAAAAAUCUGGGUAGUGAUCUGAAGGUGAAGCGACGUUGGGACGAUGAUGUCGUAUUUAAAAAUUGUGCUCGCACUGAACCGGAAAAAAAGACGCAUUUCAUCAAUGACUCGCUUCGCAGUGAAUUUCACAAAAAGUUCAUGGAUAAGUAUAUUAAGUGAUAUUUUUUAAAGAAAUUUUCAACCUUCACAAACAUGAUAUCGAUAAGCAAACUCUAAAUAGAUAUAUUCCGUAUUGAAUAAAACUAUUGUAAAGAUA